AUGAACGCCGUCAACACUGCAUGCGCGUUUUCAGUGGUUCAAUGCAUCUCUAAGCGUACUCGCCAGCUUGAGCGAAUGCUGUACAUGUUGGAGUCCACUGCUGCCAAAAUUGAGCAAGUCAAAUCGUGUACGAAGUGGGCUGUAUUCUCUUCGAAUACUCGAGCUCAAGUCCAAACCAAAUACGCGAAGAUGUUAUUAGAUUUCCUGGAGAAGGAACGAGGCCUCGACAUCCCUACGUUGUUCCAAGAUUCGAUUCAUCUCGAGAGCUACCAUGAGGAACUUCAGCAGCUACUUGUGCUGGUUGAAGAGGAAGAGUUGCUACGUCAGCGCGUAGAUGGGACCUGGGACUUUAUUGUCGCUACCAGCACUGACCAGAAUUUUGUGACGCUGUAUUCGAGGUGA